UUCCACCUUCAUGUCAAUGGAGGGAAAAAAGGAUUUUUGCAGGAGUUGCUGGGAUUAAAGGACCGUACACAGACUGAGCUUCUACCCAGCUGCUGUUUUAGGUGCCAUGGUGACGGGGAGACCCCGGUCUGAGCCUCCUUGCCUGGCCUGUGCUGUAGCAAAGACUAAUCCAGACACUGACAGCACACCCCACAUUGGCCACCGUGUCCCCUUUCCUGCCACAGGGUGUGAGCGCUACAGUGGCCGUGUGGUGUCCAUGAACUCAGGUGGUCACUGCGGCAGCAGCGGCACCUGGGGGGCCCUCGAAUUUAUUGGGCCCUGGGCUGGCUUUGGCGGGGAGGUGGCGGCUCCUGAGUCUUGGGGCAGGGUUUCCGCUGACACCUGAGGGCGCAGGGGUGGGGCCCUGGGAGUGAGCUCUGCAUGUGGAGGCCUUGCGGAGAGGGAGCGUCGCCUGAGGCUCCAGGGGUCCUUGAGGGCUGCUGAGCGCUGAGCUGAGCCCUUCACUCUCCCAGCAGCAGCCACGGGCAGCACCGGGGAGGGAGACGGACAGGCUUCCUCUCCCUCCUGUUCAGAGGCCCCCAGGGACCUUCCGUGGGAAUCGCAGGCUGCUGGAGCUGGGGUGGCCCCGGUCGCCACCGCCCGAUGUGCGCUGUUGGGGGAUUGGACGGUGCCUUCUGUGAGCUGGUCCAGUGCGCCUGUCCCGCGGGGCCCUGCAGCCUGAAGGUGGAGGUCCCCUCCUGUGCUGUGGGGCCACUGCGCUCUGCAGAGGACCUGGCCCCUGAGCUGCUUCCCAGGACAGAUGCCACCACGGGGGUCCCCAUCCAGGUGGCCGCAUCUGCUCAGAUCAGCAUCCCGACCUCACAGCCUGCCGUCUGGCCCAGAAGCCCCCACAGCCUUCCUCCCGGCCCUCCCUGCACCAUCAGCCUCUCCACGCUCCGGCCUGGGCACCAGCAGCUCUGGCCCUACGCUCAGUGUCCGGCUGCUGCCUUCCCAGCCCUGGGCCCUGAGGACGCUGCGGAUCCUGUCGCCCCUCGCUUCCCACAAGCUGAUGCUCAGGCAUUUCCGCGUCUGCGGUUCCGGGUUCAAAUCACUCCUGAAGCUGAUAGGUGUCUGGUGAUGGACUUCGGGGAUGGUUCUGGGGUUCAGAUGAGGACCCACCGUGCUACUGGGGACGUGGCUGUCACCACCUUCCACCGGUACAGGAGAGAAGGUGUCUACGCGCUCCAGACAGUCCUUUACAGCGAGUCUCACGGGGCUGAGGUGCGACUUGGGCCUUACUACGUGGAACUGGGCCUCGAGGCCACAUCUGUGUUCCUGAAUGCCAGCAGUGGCCUCAGGGGCCCCAUGUGUGCCUUUGGGGGCUCCCCCACGGAUCUGAGAAGGCCGGCCUGGGUGGACCCUGUGUCUCCAUGUCUGUGCUUGUCUCCUCCCAGGGAAGGAGAGUUCAUGGUUGAGGUCGUCGCCUUCAAUGCCGUCAGCACCGUCUCCCUGAGGAAGCGCCUUUUCGUCGUGCGCAGGCCCUGCCAGCCGCCCCCUGUGAAGAACAUGGGGCCGGGGCAGGUGCAGGUGUGGCGGUCCCAGCCUGUGACCCUGGGGGUGACCUUCGAAGCCGCCAUUCUCUGUGACAUCUCCCAAGGCCUCUCCUACAGCUGGAGCCUCACCAAUUCCGUGGGGUCGCCGGUGCCCCUGCCUCCUGCCAUCAGCACCCACAGGCAGACCUUCACUGUCCCCCACUACUUCUUGGAACCUGGAAACGACACUGCGCUGGCCCAGGUGGGCGGCAGCUGGAGGCGGCACCUGCCCAAGCCCAUGUUCCCUUCCCAUCAGCCUCAGAGACCCUGGGACCCGGACCGGCCCAUCCCAGAGGAGGGUGCUCUUAAAUCCCUGGCAUUCCUUUAG